AUGGAAGAAUUUUGUGGAAGUGUGUUGUGGGAUCCUGACCUUCUUUGGGUAGAAAGCAAUCCCAACUUAACAAUAUGCUUCAAACAAACAAUUUUCAUAUGGGUUCCAUGCCUUUUUGUAUGGGUGUUUUCCGGACUCGACAUAAUGUGGAGAAUGAAAAGUCGUUACAGCGACAUUCCAUGGUCUUUUAUUAAUAUUUCGAAAUUCCUCUUAAUAAUCUUGUUAGUAGCCUUGUCAAUAACUGACAUGGUGAUUUUACUCAGCAUGAGUGAAACUGAAGACGUUUUUCCUGUCCAAUAUGUCACCAUAGGAAUCAAAAUUGCUACUUUUAUUUACGUCGCCGGCAUACAAUAUCUUCACAAGAUUAAAGGUCAUCAUACUUCUGGACUUUUAUUCAGCUUUUGGUUGAUGCUGACAUUCUUUGCCAUUCCUGAGUUCCGAUAUGUUAUCAUUAAUUACAAGGAUCAUUAUUUCCAAGGAGAUUCAUUGUCGUUAGACGCUUGGCUGUUUCUCAGCUAUUGCGUUUACUUCUCGCUUAUAACAAUAAUGCUUAUCAUAACUUGCUUCAAAGACAAACUUCCUUUGAACUCAACUUAUCCCAAAUUCGCAAAUCCAUCACCUGAAAUCACUGUUAGCAUUUUGGACAGAAUUAAUUUCCAUUGGUUCACGAAGACUGCUUGGCUAGGAUUUAUGCGUCCAUUGAGUGAAAAAGAUUUAUACGACAGUAAUCCAAAAGACACUUGUGCUGAACUUUUUCCACCAUUUGAUGAAGCAUUUAAGGAGAGCAUAGAGAAGAAUCAAAAAACCAUGCCAAAGCAACCAGAAGGCUCAACAAUUGUUAGCAAUGGAAAAACAUUCAUGUCAGUCAUAAAGGCUUACGGUGGACCUUUCUGGUUCUCAGCUCUUUUCCGUGUUAUUUGUGACUUGCUCCUUAUAUCAACACCUUUACUUUUGGAUUUGCUCAUCACUUACAUUGAUGUAGGUGGACCAGAUUGGGAAGGAUACUUUUUGGCUUUCUUGCUGUUUCUUGUAUCAUUCAUUCAGCCUUAUAUGAAUGGUCAAUAUUACCACCACAAUUUGACUGUUGGACAUCGAAUAAGAACUGGCUUAAUGGCUUCAAUUUAUCGUAAAGCAUUGACAAUUUCGAGUAGUGUUAAGAAGACCACAACAGUUGGCGAAAUUGUAAACCUAAUGGCUGUUGAUGCCAAUCGAUUCUUCGAGUUGAUGCCAAAUAUUCACAUUAUGUGGUCUGGAUUAAUGACAAUUGGCAUUGUGACAUAUUUACUUUAUGGUUAUAUUGGAAUGUCAGUAUUUGCAGGUCUUUUUGUGACUCUAUGCGUACUUCCAGUAUCGGUUGUAAUUGCAUCAAGACUCAAAGUUUUCCAGAUUCAACAGAUGAUUCACAAGGAUGAGAGAAUCAAAUCAGUCAAUGAAAUUCUAAGUGGUAUAAAAGUUUUGAAGCUGUAUGCAUGGGAACCAAGUUUCGAGAAGCUUAUUCUCGGAAUAAGAAAGACAGAAAUGCGAGUCAUAAAGACGAUUGCACUUUAUAAUGCAUUCGCAUAUUUUAUAUGGUCGUUGGCACCAUUUAUUAUUGCGAUGGUUUCAUUCAUCACGUUUGUUAUGCUUGGCAACACUCUCAAUGCACAAAAAGCUUUCGUUUCGCUGGCUCUGUUCAACUUACUUCGACUUCCGAUGACAUUCUUCCCUAUGCUGAUGAACUUCUUGAUGCAGGCAAUUGUUGCAGGCAAGCGAAUCGACAAAUUUUUAAACUCAAAGGAAAUUGCAUCCGAUAAUGUUACUCACAUGCCAUGUGAUAAAGCAAUGUACAUCAAGAAUGGAACGUUUUCCUGGGAUGGAUCUAAUGAAACCUUAAAGAACAUCAACAUUGCCGUCAAUAGAGCGAGUUUAACUGCUGUUGUUGGACCUGUUGGAGCUGGCAAAACUUCUCUAAUUUCUGCAUUUCUUGGUGAAAUGGAAAAGCACAGUGGAAACGUCAAUCUUGAUGGAAGAAUCGCUUAUGUCCCACAACAAGCAUGGAUUCAAAAUGCAACACUUCAGGAUAAUAUCCUUUUCGGAAGGCCAUUGAACAAGAGACUUUAUCAAAGAGUUAUUAAUGCUUGUGCUUUAACGGCUGAUCUUGAAAUGUUACCCGGCGGAGAUCAAACUGAAAUUGGUGAAAAAGGAAUCAACUUGUCUGGUGGACAGAAACAAAGAAUUUCGUUGGCUAGAGCUGUCUAUAGUAAUGCUGAAAUUUACAUUUUUGAUGAUCCAUUGUCUGCUGUUGAUUCUCAUGUUGGAAAGCAUAUAUUUGAUAACUUGAUGAGUGACACUGGCAUAUUAAGGACCAAAACAAGAUUCUUAGUUACACAUGCUUUAUCGUACUUACCAAGAGUUGACAUUAUUCAUGUUAUGCUGAAUGGAAGAAUCACUGAAACCGGAUCAUACAAGGAACUGCUUACUCAAAAUGGAGCAUUUGCAGAAUUUUUAAUUCAAUACUUGCAAGAACAAGGAGAAGAACAAGAAGUUCCAAUUGAGUUGAGGAAUCGGCUGAACAGCGAAGCUUCAAUUAAGGAUAUGAGACGUGGCUCAACAAUAUCGAUUAUUGAUGGUCGUCGAAAGUCUCUUUUUCCUCAAACCGUGGAGGAUGACCUUGAAAACGUUAGGAAGUCACUUAUGUCAAAACUUAUUGAAAAUGAAGAUGCAGGAUCUGGGACGGUUAGCUUAAAAGUUUACCUCAAAUAUUUCAAACAUGCUGGAUUGGUUAUGACACUUCUUGCGUUUGGAACUAAUAUUCUGUUUCAAGUUGCUGCUGUUGGAUCAAAUAUAUGGUUGGCUAUUUGGUCAUCAAGUGAGCGCGCUAUAGAAGACAAUUCUUGGAAUAACUUUUAUGCUGGAAUAUACGGAGGAAUUGGUGGCAUUCAAGCAAUCACCUUAAUCAUUGCAUCUGUAACUCUUGCCAUUGGAUGUCUGAAAGUUGCUCGAGUAUCGCAUAACAAUCUUCUUCACAACAUAGUCCGCCUUCCGAUGUGGUUUUUUGACACAACUCCACUCGGUCGUUUAUUAAACAGAUUUUCUAGGGAUAUGGACAUUGUUGACAACAUCAUUCCAAUAUUUAUGAGAAACUACAUAUUCAUGCUUUUUGCUGUCAUUGCCAUUUUUAUUGUAAUUUCUAUUGCAACACCGUGGUUCCUUGUAACUGUCAUACCUGUCUUCCUGAUCUACUAUUUCCUUCAAAAGUUUUAUAUUGAGACAUCACGACAAAUAAGACGUUUGGAAUCACUCACGAGAAGUCCCGUCUUAGCACAUUUCAGUGAAACAAUUAGUGGACAGUCUGUCAUUCGUGCUUAUGGAGAACAGAAGAGAUUUAUUUCUGAAUCAGAUUCUAAAAUUGACUUUCAUCAAGGAAUUGCUUAUCAUGGAUUUGUGGCACAUCGAUGGCUUCAAUUGAGAUUGGAAAUUAUUGGUUCACUUGUAAUUUUCUUUUCAGCAUUGUUUGCUAUUUUAGCUCGUGAUACAAUUGGUCCAUCGGUUGUUGGAUUGUCAGUAAGUUAUGCUUUACAAAUAUCACAGUUACUUUUCUUCCUUGUUCGUAUGGCUGUCGAAGUUGAGACCAAUAUUGUUGCUAUUGAGAGAAUCGAAGAAUAUACUGAAAAACCGCAAGAAGCUGCAUGGAAGACUAUUGACGUUGAUCCACAAUGGCCACAAAGAGGAGUUGUAGAAUUUCAAGAUUAUCAAGUCAGAUAUCGUGAAGGAUUAGAUUUGGUCCUUAAAGGAAUUUCAUUUACUAUCAAUUCUGAGGAAAAGAUUGGAAUUGUUGGACGAACUGGAGCUGGAAAGUCUUCACUUACUUUAGCACUUUUCAGAAUUGUUGAAGCAGCUGGUGGUAAAAUUAUUAUUGACGGUAUUGACAUUUCAACCAUUGGACUUCAUUCCUUGAGAUCAAGAUUGACAAUUAUUCCACAAGAUCCAGUGCUUUUCAGCGGCUGUUUGAGGAUGAAUAUUGAUCCAUUCAAUUCAUAUUCAGAUGAUGCAAUUUGGCAAGCAUUAGAGCAUUCACAUUUAAAAGGUUUUGUCAAAGGAUUACCUGAUGGACUAAAUCAUAAAAUUACAGAAAGUGGAGAAAAUUUAUCAGUUGGUCAAAGACAGCUUGUAUGUCUUGCACGUGCCUUGCUACGUAAAACAAAAGUGUUAAUCCUUGAUGAAGCAACAGCAGCAAUUGAUUUUGAAACUGAUGAACUUAUUCAAAAGACAAUCCGAUCUCAAUUUAAUGACUGCACAAUUUUAACAAUUGCACAUCGACUUAACACAAUCAUGGAUUCUGAUAGGAUUAUUGUCUUGGAUGCUGGAAAGGUUGCUGAAUUUGACUCACCACAUGCAUUGUUGGAAGAUAGAAAUUCAAUAUUUUAUGGAAUGGCUAAGAAUGCAGGUUUAGUGAAUGAAGAUUUUGAGAUUCCGAUGAGGCCUUACCAAGAUUUGAAGGAAGAGCACGAGGAAACAGACCUUUGA